AUGUCUACAACCAAAGAUAGUCAUAGUUUAAAAAUCAAUUUAAAAGAUUCAAGAAGUUUAACUGGGAUUUUAACUGUUAUUGAUCCUUUUGGAAAUUUAUUAUUAUCAAAUACUUAUGAAACUUCAAUUGAUAAAUUAAAUCCAAAUAAUUUACAUUCAAGAGAAAUUGGGUUGGUUAGCAUACCGAAAGAUACUAUGAAAUCUAUUACAGUUGAUAAAGAUACAUAUAAAAAGAUUUUUAAACAAUAA